AUGAACAUCUACAUGAAGAUGAUGCUUUAUGGUGAACAAAUGAAUAUGAACACGCUGAUGAACGAGGAACAUCAUAAUGUGAAUUUGCUAAUGGGUGAAUUCGAACAAGCUCCUCCGAAUAUGAAUAUGUUCAUGAAUGAGGUGGACUUGAAUUUGAAUAUCCAAAGAAAUUUGAACACGAUGGAACAACCAAGCAGGUUUGAUGAACCGAAUGCAUUUGUGUUUGAGGAACCGAAUCCACACAUUAUAGGGGAGAAUCUUAACAUAGAGGCAGCAAUUGGAGAAAACAAUAACAUGUCCGGAAGUGAAAACCGUGUUCUAGAGGCAGUGGAAGCCUUCGGUGAAGAUGAAGAGGGCGAGGGCGUGGGUGAAGGCGAAGACGACAAGGCCGAGGCCGAGGCCGAGGAGGGCGAGAGCUCUAACAACAGGAGGAGGAGGACAACUUACCAUCGCCACUCCCAAGCACAGAUUCAUGAAAUGGAGAAAUUUUUUAAGAACUGUCCAUGCCCUGACGGCAAACAAAGACGGAUGUUGAGCCUUCAAUUGGGUAUGGAUCUGGUGCAGGUUAAGUGCUGGUUUCAAAACAAACGGGCUCAAUUGAAGGCGCGUCAGGAACGUGAAGAGAUUUGUCAACUGCGUGAUGAAAAUCAGAAACUUAAGGCUGAUAACUUGAGGUACAAAAAUUCCAUAGAGAAUUUCUUAUGUCAUAAAUGCGGCGGGUCAAUCAGUAAACACGGAGAGAUCUCAACAGAGGAAGAGGAGCAGCGUUUGAUCGCAGAGAAUGAGCGCACAAGGGAGGAAGUUUCUAGAGUUUCUAAUAUAGCUUCUGGGUAA